AGGCUCCAGUAUAUAAAUCCGGCAAAUUCCCCAUUUGAGCAUGAACCUCUGAAAACGGCCGGCUUGUGAGGUCUCCGUCCAGGCCCCUUGGAGCACAGCCCAUAAUGAAGGUCUUGGCGGCAGGAGUCGUACCCCUGCUGCUGGUUCUGCACUGGAAACCUGGGGCGGGAAGCCCCCUUCCCAUCACCCCUGUUAAUGCCACCUGCAACACACACCAUCCGUGCCCCAGCAACCUCAUGAGCCAGAUCAGGAACCAACUGGCACAGCUCAAUAGCAGUGCCAACGCCCUCUUUAUUCUCUAUUACACAGCCCAAGGGGAGCCUUUCCCCAACAACCUAGACAAGCUGUGCGGCCCCAACGUGACCGACUUUCCACCCUUCCACGCCAACGGCACGGAGAAGGUCAGGUUGGUGGAUCUGUACCGCAUCACCGCCUACCUGGGCACCUCCUUGGGUAAUAUCACACGGGACCAGAAGACCCUCAACCCCACGGCGCUCAGCCUCCACAGCAAGCUCAACGCCACGGCAGACAUCCUGCGUGGCCUGCUAAGCAACGUGAUGUGCCGCCUGUGCAACAAGUACCACGUGGCACAUGUGGACGUGGCCUACGGCCCAGACACCUCAGGCAAGGAUGUGUUCCAGAAGAAGAAGUUAGGGUGUCAACUGCUGGGAAAAUACAAGCAAGUCAUUGGUGUGUUGGCACAGGCCUUCUAGGCAGAGGGGUGUUGAAC